CCAGGCAGCGCCAGCGCUUACCGCUUUUCCGGAAGCGCGGGAGUCUUGUUUUUUGUAGGCCUCGCUUAGGCAGCUGUACCGUAGUACCGUUAAAGGUUCCGUUUCCCUGAGACUUUAUGGCCAUUUGAGGCGACAUGGCUGCGGGCGAGAGAGGAACAGGUGGUGGCAAUGGAGGGGCCGCCGCUACCUCAGGCUGCCCGUAGGGAGGGAGCCUGAAGGCCCUCUGAGUCGUUUGGGCCUGUGCUUACUUCCUUUGCAGUGAUACUGCCUGACAGCGAAGAUGAGCUCGAUCUGGGUCACCUCUUUCGAGAAGGAGCAUCUCUGGAUGUAUCUGCAGGCGCUCGGUUUCGAGCCAGGCCCGGCCACCAUUGCCUGCGGAAAGAUCGUGUCGCACACGCACCUCGGAGUGAACAUGUUUGACAAGUUGAACCGUGAUGCCUUUCAAAUCGUUUCUUAUUUUUUGUUUCAAACGCUGGACCAGUCUCUCACUAAAGAAGUUUUCAAGCUUUGUUGGCCUCCAUUUGACCAAAAGAGUGACACUGAAUUCCGGAAACAUUGCUAUGAAUGGUUAAAAAAGAUUUCUGUGGAAUGUGGAAGUAGCUUUCCUCAAGUUGUUGGGUCCCUAUUUCUUUCUCCUGGUGGUCCUAAGUUUAUUCAUCUGAUGUAUCAUUUUGCAAGAUUUGUUGCAAUAAAAUAUAUAAAAACCCAUUCUAAAAAUUCUUCUAUACGUUUUACCGAGACAUUUAAUGUAAAGCCACAAGAUAUGCACAAAUGCAUUGCCAGAUGCCAUGUAGCACGUAAUAGAUUUUUACAUGUUUUGCAAAGAGAAGACUGUGUUACCCGAAAGUAUCAGGAAAAUGCACAAUUGUCAGUUAAACAAGUACGAAAUUUGAGAUCGGAAUGUAUGGAGCAGCAAAACGAAAUAAAAAAGAUGGAACCCUAUGAUGACCAAAGUAAUAUACAAGAGAAAAUCCAAAAGGUUCGGUCUUUGUGGGCUUCAGUGAACGAAACACUCAUGUAUUUCGAAAAAGAAAGAGAAGUUGUUAAUGCAGUCCUUAAUCUUGUUAACCAAUAUACUUUAGAUGGAACUAAUGUUGCUAUCAAUAUUCCAAGGCUCUUACUUGACAAAAUUGAGAAACAGAUGUGUCAGUUGCACAUUGGAAAUGUUUAUGAGGCUGGAAAAUUGAACCUGUUAACAGUUAUUCAGUUAUUAAAUGAAGUCUUGAAAGUGGUGAAAUACGAGCGUUGUCAGGCUGACCCAGCAAGACUGACAAUAGACCUUCACUUCCUUGAAAAGGAGACCAAACUUCAGAGAGAGAGAUUAUCAGAUCUGAAGCAUAUGAGUUGUAAAAUAAAAGAAGAUCUCACCAGUAUAAAACACUCUGUUGUUGAAAAACAAGGAGAAUGGCAUAAAAAGUGGAAAGAUUUUCUUGGUCUGUCUCCUUUCAAUCUAAUUAAAGGUUGGACUCCAGCUGUGGAUCUUUUACCACCAAUGUCUCCGCUUUCAUUUGAUCCUGCCUCAGAAGAAGUAUAUGCAAGGAGUAUUCUUUUGCAAUAUCCUGCUUCACUUCCAGAUACACCAAAGCAACAAAACCAAGAAAAUGAUUGCAGGAGAGCUAGUGAUAUAUCGGGAACUGUAUAUGAUCUAGGCAACAGACCUGCUUCUUUCCUGUCACAGCCAGUUUCAUCAUCAGAUAGAAACAGUGUUAGAUUACUUGAAAAGGACGUGAAGAUAAGAACUCCUAGAGAGGGAAGUGAAACACCUUCUAAGAAGACAUCAAAAUUUGAAACGAAAGACUCUCUAUCAUCAGAUACUGCAAGGAGUACCGAGAAUACUGCAUUUACAGGGUCUCUGCCAGCUAAAAAUAGAGAUCCAUUCCAAAAAGAGCAAGAUCAUCUGGUAGAAGAGGUUGCCAGGGCAGUUUUAUCUGAUUCACCACAGCCCUCUAAAGGAAAAGAAGUAAAAUUAGAGGAACUAGUUGAUUCUCUAGUGUCUAACCCAUUCUUAACAAGGAACCAAAUUCCCCGAACGCCAGAAAACUUGAUAAGUGAAAUUAGGAGCUCAUGGAGAAAAGCUGUCGAAAUGGAAGAUAACAGAAGUACAGAACCAAUUCAGGUGGAUGCUGAACAUAGAGAAGAAGUAUUGCCAGAAUCCUUACCUGUGUUGCAUAACCCAAGAGAAAUUAGCAGGACCAGCUUUCUCUCAGCAAGCACUGUAUCCAAUUCUGGCCAUUCCCAUUUGCCUGAAGAGGAAGUUGUUUCAGAUUGCCUCAAGUGUGUGCCUCAGAAACAUGUGGUGACCAGUCACAUAGGUGGACCAUCGACACAAAAUCAGUCAGAUUUGUUAAGUAAGAAAAUAAUGUGCAAGCAAGGUUUGGAGUGUGCAGCAUUACAGAACAAGCUUUUAGAAACUAGCCAAACAGAGACAGUCUCCCCUGCUGUAGGUACUAGGAGAGUUGUAAUGGGUAGCAAUGAAGAAGAGUCUUCUCUUGACCACUUGCAGGCUUCUUACAAGGAGCCUUUCAUGCAUAAAAGUAUGUUAUGGGACUCUUUUCAAGUAUCAAGUGGAACUAGUUCCAGGAGUUUAAAGGAUAUUGAUUUUGGCAUAUUACAUGAAACUCUUCCAGAAGAAGUUGGUAACUUAAGUCUUAAUAGCUCCAGUAGUACAGAAGCCAAUUUUAAACUGGAGCCAAAUAGUCCUAUGCACAGUGGCAUUUUUCCAGAAGAUGUUGUGGGAGAAAGACCAACUACUCCAGAAUCGGACUGUAAUUUACAGGCUAUUAGUCGUAGAUAUGAAGCUCUGAAAAAAUCUCUCUUCAAGGAAAGGGAAGAAAGUGACCUUUCUAAUCCUGAAACACUUGAAGGACACAAACCAGAAUUGAGCUCUAUUCCCACAAACAUGCAAACAGAUGAUAUGCUUGACUUUUUGGGUACUCACGAUUUGCAUGUUGACUAUACAAAACCAUCUUUACGCAUGUCCCUUGGUGAAAGGAAACGGUCACUUUCACCACUAAUUAAGUUUUCUCCAGUGGAACAAAGAUUGAAAACCGCAAUACCAUGUAGUCUUGGAGAACUUCUACCUAAUUUAAAAGAAGAAGAAAUCUUGAAUAAGAGCCUUGAUGCUAACGAAUUUCCAUCAGACUUGAAGAGAUGAAGCAGAAGCCCAGUUAAUUUAACUAUGAUAUACUUAAAUUUCAAGCAGUGUCACAGGAUAAAAACGGAUUUAUAAUUUAAAUACAUGUUGGAAGUAUAACUCUUUUUCUAGGUCUAAAAAAUCCUAAAUAAUGCCUUUUAGCAGACUUUAGUUUUUAGGUAAAGAGAGUAUGUUUGGAUUUUUCUCCUUGUAUGGAUCUGGGGUUAAAAAAUGUGAAGUAUUUGGGAAGCAGACAUCAAGUUUUGUGAAGCCAUUUUGAUUCCUUGAAUAAUUUGUAAGCAUUAAGUAAAUAGCAAAGUAUUAGUUUAAUUUAUUAUGUUACAAUUUCAGUUGAUUAACAAACAAGUGGUUUUUGAUAUACUUUUAUUAACUGGUUAACAUAACCAUUGAAUACUGAUCUUUCAUUUUAGGGAAAUACAUAACUUUUAUUGUUUCUUUAUGGAACAUUAUAGUACUAGCCAAAAGAAGUGAAAAAAGUAGUACCUUGGGAUGUGUAGUCAAGGUGAGAAAAGUUCAAGUUUGGGAAAGCUCUAAACGGGCUUAAUGAUUAUUUAAGUAGUACGCUGGUCCUGGAAAAUGUUUGAUGAAAUAAAGUAUAUGUGAUGAUAAGUGAAGACUGGGGCAGAAUGAAUUUAGAAAAAAGGAAAAAGAUGGAAGAUGACUAGACACUUUUAAGGAACACUGUCAAACUAUAAAUCCAUUCAAUGGGUUGUACAGCAGGUUUAUAUUUAGUCUAAUUUAGACUUUGAGAAUUUAAUUUAACCCUAGUUUUAUAUUUUAACAGAAAAAAUGUAAAUUAAACAUUUAUUAGUUUCUGUUUACUGUUGUUGGUUUAUUUGGGGGGCAUGGUUUUUGGGAAAGCAGGUAAUUUUUAUUGUUUUACUUUCCUUCUUAAAAACCAUCAGUAUGCCACAGCCUAUGAAUAGCUUCAAAAUAACUUGAGAAAACUGAAUUCGGUGUACUUGCUCAGUGUCACAGUUAAGUCAGUGGUAAAGCUAGGAUUUGACCCUAUUUUCCUUCCUUAAUAUACCAUAAGACCUAGAAGUAACUAAAAGGCCAGGCUAAAGGAUAUGGCCACAGGAGUUGGCCUCCGAUUGACCUUGUGGACUGAGUGGGAGUCAGGUGAGGCCUCCCUUAACAGUAACGUGCCUCACUCUGUCAUGACCCUUCGCUGAGAAAAUGGCUUGUCUCCACCAUCAAAGUGUAUACAUGCCGUUGCCCUCUGAACCAGGAGCAAUGCGCAUGCACUGGAAAGGUGAUAGCACCUAUGGUACCCCUCUGUCUAGCCCCAGUUCUUAACCAUCAAAACCUUGUCCGUUUGUCAAGAAACUGAUAAGGAGAGAAGUUGAAGGGGAGAGUUCUGGAGGUGGUUGGGUUUAACUGUUCAUCUUCCUUGGCUCAUUUUCGGCUUUUGCUAAGUUGUUUGAUCCCAGUUUGAAGGCCAGUCUUUUUGUGAGAAAAGACCAAAGAAAAGCACAUAUAACUUCCUUAUUUUGCAGUGGUAAAGAAAGAGGAAGAGCAGUUUCUCCUGGGGUGCUAUAUUCCUUUAUUAGUUAAUACAACAAAUGAGGGACUGUAGAUCAACUGGAAAACUAUCCUGUAGUCUGCCAUAAGAAAACCCACUAACCUGUAAAUCCAGAGUUAAUGUAUUAGGGAGGAGGUAGGGCUAUUAGCUUCCACAACGUGCCAGGGCCAUUCCUAGACAUGAAAACAUACUGUUUCAUUCAAUUGUCAUAACUCUACUGUUAGAUAGUGGUUAUUGUACAUAUUUCACAGUGAUACUGAAGCUAGGGAGCUUAAAUGACUUGUCUAAGGUGGACUCAAGGAAUCAUCUGGGAAACAUCCUAAAAGCUGUAGAUUCUGUAGGUCUAAAAUGGGGAUUAAGAACCCACAUUUUAAAAAUGCUUCCCUGGUAAUUCUUAGGUUCAAUAAUAAGAUUCAGAAGCACUGCUUGGGGGGAUAUAGAGUCACAUUUAGCCUUGGGGUACCUUAAAGAAGCAAGUGUAUUAUUAUAUAUGUACUGCUUUAGAGGUUAAUUGAUAAGGUAGUGCAACUUCAACAGUAAGGGCGGGAGGCCCUUAAUUACUGAGAAUCAAAAGAUCAAAAUGUCUCUGGACAGUAUGGAUUUCCAAACACCACAUUGUUAAGUGAGUCAUACCUGGAAUAGGUUGGGAGUUCGGCAUUCUUUCCUGUCCUUUAUAUGCCAGUAGUAUUAACAAAAAUAUCUCUGAUUUAUCAAUUUCUCCUAAACCAUUGUGAUUAUGACCUAACUGCCUUCAGGCUCUUCCCUCUCCAGUAUUGCCUGCAGAGCUGCCUUUUAACUUUAGGACUGUUUUGAUCACUUAGUUUAAAAUUCCAUUAAUGGUUUAUCGCUAAUUCCAGAAUAGAGUUAAAAUUUAAAGGCAUAUCGUGUCCCCUAUGUAGAUUUCUCUAUUCCCCUUCCACUAUCGUUUCCCAUUUUUUUACUGAACUGCUUUUGUUCAUCGUGGUUCUUUAGAAAUCUUAAUUCACAAUUAUAGCUGUCCUUUAGGGCUCAGACCAAAUGUCACUUCCACCUUGGAAGUCCUAAUCAAUCCUUUCCAUAUUCAUGGACUUAGCUCUUCUCUAAAAUCUAUAGUUUAUCUUUUAUUAAUUUAGUAUUUUUCACGUAGUGCUUUUAUCAUUUUUUCAUGGUUGCAUGUAUGUGAUCUUUCCAGUCAUACUGAUGAUAUACAUAUGGACAUACGUACCUUUGUAGAUGUGGGAGGUGUGUGUCCACACAUACAUAUCCUCAAAGGGCCAUGGAUCAUCUUUAGCAAAUACUUAAGUAUUGGAAUUGUUUUCUUUGCCUCCUAUGUGAUGGGAUUAAAAUAAUGGUAAAGAGGGCUACUUACUGCUCUAAAUGUACUUUUUCUCAUUACAUUCAUCACAGAUGAUACAGAAUGUACCUCGUUUUAUUCACUAUUUGUAAGAUAAAGGUGUGUAAUUGACUUCCAUGUCAACUUGAAACUUUAGUAACGAAUGACCGAAUGUCCUAAUUGUUUUAAAUGUUUAAAGAGGAGAAGCAUGUAAUAUUUAACAUGAAAAAUGUUACCAAGUGGAAUAAGAGUGUUUGAGGCAAAAAAACAAAAAACAAAACAAAAAAACCAAAAAAACAUUUGGGGGGAAUUUAACUGAAAAAAUACAAGUAUUUUGAAACCAUUUUUUACCAUGAUCUAUGAAGUCAGUUUUAUCUAAGGGAGAAAAACAGAAUUCUUGAGAACUUUAUAAAAGGAAACCUUAUCUUUUUCCCUACUCUUAGAAUUCUAAAUUAAACAAAUGUUUAAGGAAAUUUUCCAUAAUGUAAAAGUACUUGCAAAGGUAAAAUUCUCUUUUACAUUAUCUUGCAGAUACACAGUUGCUUUCACCUUAGGCACUGUGCCAGUCCACAUGCUCUAUUUAAAAUAUUUGUGAGUCCUCUAUGGGACUGUUUAUAAAUAUGUUCUCUUUACUAUAGCCUUGAAUAAACAUUCAAUAUUAUACCACCUUGCUCUGGAAUUUCCUAUAUAAUAUCAAAAAGAACUAUGCCCUGCACAUCCUAGAAUGAUCACAUAUAAAGGUCUACCAGUAAUUUAAUCAACAAAAGAAAUUUGAGAGGUUAAGUGAUUCGGGUAAAAGUAUUUUGUUACUGCCAUUUUAAUUAGAUUUACUAAAUGCGGUAUUUUAAAAUGAUUUUAAAAAGGAAAUCUAUCAAGUUUUUCACAUCUUGAGUCUUUUAACUUACUGCCAAAGGCCCCAUGUAGAAGAGUUUAAUAACUUAGAUCUGAAUAGCUUCUUGCUCUUCACGGGUAGGGACUUUGUCAUCCACAGCUGCUGCUAUAAAGGUCUUGGAAAAGCUAAAGCUCUAUUCUAUUUAAUGUCUGUAUUCAAAGGUAAUGCGUCUUUUGUAAAAUGGUGAGAAGAGUGUAUCAGAGAGGUCUGGCUCUAAAAUACUUAGAUUUCAUUUAAAAGCGUAAGGCAGUUGGAAUAGAACAUUUUAAGGGUUUUCUGACUUCACUGUACCACAUUGCCACUCCAAAUUAGGAACCUUAGAAUCCUUCCCUAAAAACUGGCAAUCUUAAGACUGAUCCGGUAUUAACCAAUUUCCAGAUAGAUAAAGAUGGGGAAGUGAAUUUGCCCAAAGUGAACAAAACACUGUUCUUUGAGAAGUCGCUUAACUUUCCGGGCUGCAGCUUCCUUAAUCUGUAAAAUUAGGGGAAUUAUAUGAAGGUGUAGUGUACACCUGAAAAAGAUUUUUAGGAUUAACUUUUGUUAAUGGAGGAAGUAGUGGGGAGUAAUGGUCAAGAAAGGGGUAGGUCUAUAAUCAUACUGCCUAGGUUCAGCUGAAUGACCUUAAUAAGGUCAUAUCAGUUUUCUCACCUAUUAAGAAAUAAAAGUAAUCUACCUCAGGUUGUGGAUUCAAUAAGAUAAUACACAUCAAGUACUUGAGUACGUGGCAUUUAGUAAGGGCUCAAACAUUUAGCUAGGCUUCAGUAAUUUGGGAGUAGGCAUUUAAGGGGUGGGUGGGUGGGGGGAGAAUGGCUCAGGUGGUCGUACUGAUAGCUGACACAUAGUACUGAGUAUGUCAGGCACCAUUCUAAGUGCUUUCCAUGUUUUAAUUUUUUUUUAAACAAUCCUAAAAGUAGAGCUACUCUUACCCACAUUUCACAAAUGAGGAAACAGCAGAAUGAAAUUAAGUACCUUGCCUAGUUCACAGGGCUAGCAAGUGAAGGGAGAAUAUGAACUCAACUCAGGUGGUCUAGCCUCAGAGCCCCUACUCUUAGUUGCUCUGCUUCCAGCUGCCAUUCA